UGAUUAUGUGUUGGUUUGGUUCGUAAAUUUUGCACGCGGUACUCUUUAGUAGAGAUGUUCGUAAAUAUUAAAUGAGUAUUCAGUGAAUAUUUCGCAGAAAUUACGUCAGAAGCGAAAGAAGAAGUUGCGAAGAAGUAAAUUCCGACGGAAUGGUUAAAGUAAACGGUAGUGAUUCAGCGAUUCUUCGGUGAUUUUUUUUUCUGGAUACGAUUGUGUGGGAAAGUACUGUAAGCACGCCAAACAUGUGUUCGGGUGUCGCCUCUUCUUUGGCUACUGGUGGUGAAGACGACGAAUGAUAUUUCGAGAAUAUUGGAGCCGUUUCCACUGGAGAGAAGAGUGCAAAACAAUAACGCAUCCAAUUGACUGACCCCUCGGCUAUACGAUCUAUAGAGCUGAACAAUCCUCAUCGCCACGACGAGCUACAAUCUCCGAUUUAGAGUUGCUAGUUUACUUAAUAAAUCUAUUUCUUUUUAGUUCUUAGUGUUUAGUGUAUAGCUUCGCAGAGCGAACUAUUAAGUUUUAAGUAGCCUACGGGAACCGAAACAACAACAAAAAACUGCAAAAUGGCCAAAUUCAGUGGUAAAAAAUGCCGCCUGCUGACGGUGAUGACACUGACGGUGUUCUUCUUCUUCGUCGAAAUCGUCGUCGGAUAUCUCACCAACUCGAUGGCCCUGGUGGCCGACAGUUUUCACAUGCUGGGUGACAUUGCCGCCCUUGUGAUCUCUUUCCUAUCAAUUAAGAUGUCACCAAAGAAAUGGUCCAAAAACACGUUCGGCUGGGCCAGAGCGGAAGUGCUCGGAGCGCUGGUCAAUGCAGUAUUCCUGGUAGCGCUUUGCUUUAGUAUAACGAUAGAAGCCUGUAAAAGAUUUAUUGAAGUGGAACACAUACACGAACCAGAGUUGCUGAUCUGGGUUGGUGUCAUUGGACUGCUAGUCAACCUAUUUGGACUGGUUUUGCUGCACAAACACGGAGGCGGCCACAUGCAUUCGCACGGUGGUAUGUCCCAUCCGCACGCCCUGGGCUCGCAUAACAAUCUAACCCAUGUGGCCAAUUCGGAUGACAAUGAAAAUAAAUCAUUCAUGUAUCAGAAUGGCAAUCCUCCACCCAAGAAGACUUCCCACCACGGUCACUCGCACGAUUCGACCCAGAUGAACAUGCGUGGUGCAUUCCUGCACGUGCUCAGCGACGCUCUCGGCAGUGUGAUUGUGAUAAUUAGUGCGCUUAUCGUCCGUUUCACCGACUGGGAGUACAAACUGUACAUGGACCCGGCGCUGUCGAUUCUGCUGGUGAUAUUGAUUCUGAACUCGGUGUGGCCGCUGCUACGCGAAUCGGCCCUGAUUCUGCUGCAAACCGUGCCGACCCACAUUCAGGUCGAUGCCAUCCAGCGCCGGCUGCUGGAGAAGGUGGACGGCGUCCUGGCGGUGCACGAGUUUCACGUGUGGCAACUGGCUGGCGAUAGGAUUAUCGCGUCCGCCCACAUCCGCUGUCGGAAUCUGUCCGAGUACAUGAAGAUUGCCGAAAAGGUGAAGGAAUUUUUCCACAACGAAGGCAUCCACUCGACCACGAUUCAGCCGGAGUUUGUCGAAAUUGAAGCGAUCAACAGCUACUCGGGCUCCGAUGGAAUCUCGAAUAGCUUGAACGGUAGUGCUACACAGGAUGGCUGUGCUCUAGACUGCCCUACUACUGACGAAAGUAAUUGUAUCAAAGCUACAUGCUGCCAAAACAACAAUACCAUUAAGAACCAACCAUCGUCACCAACACCUUCACCAUUUUUGUGUCGCCAAAGAAACUCCAGAAGUGGGAACGAUGUCGAAUCAGGAUCCCUAUUGGACCAAGCCAAUCAGACAUCGUCCUCAGUUGACGUGGACGGCAACGGUCUGCCAAAGUUGACCGUCUGACAGCCGACGACCGGUCCUCAGCAUUCAACUCGUACUUUCCCUCGUUCUUCUUCUCCAUCCGCGUGUUAUGGUUCACCAAACACCCCGUACUCUACCCAUCAACAUCAGCGUCCGUUGUCGUUUUCGUCGUCGUCGUCGUCCACGUCGUUGUCGUUUCUGAAGCAGAAAACCAACAACGCUAGCAGUAAUUUGUGUAAGCAUCCACUUUCGCCACUUGCAGGCUAUGAUGGGCGACGUAUAAUAUUUAAUCUAAGCUCUAGUAAUCUUAAUGUCGACGGUGGUGGUGGCAGCAUCUGUGGCCGCGAGUCCGACCACGUGGGCCACCCGAUCAGUGUCAGUAGUGCUAAUGUUAGUGGUAAUAGUAAGUUAAACCGAACGCCAAACAAACACGCCGCUAUGCUGCUGGGGGGAACUUCGUCGCUGACUUCGUCCCUGGCAUCGAUCUGCUCACUGUCCGGGACGGACGGUGGCGGCGGCAGAGGAGGUGGAGAUUGUUCCGCGAAUCGGACCGGUGGCGCUAGUCUGUCCCGCGGACGGCACUACAGCUUACAGGCGGCAUCCAGUAGCCUGCUGGAGAGCUACGUCAACGGGUCCGAUUCGCCCCUGCGGAAUCUGUACUGUCAGUGCAAGCACCAUGCUGCGGAGUGAGACAAACACCUUUAUACAUACUGGUAGGGAUUAUUAUAGUAUUUUUUUUUGUCUGAGAACCAAUUUGAACUAGACUCUUGAGUGCGAUUUUACAGGAGCAUGUAGAUCGUUUAUGCAAGAUUGAGUUCUUAUGUUGUAUUUUUUUUUUGUUUCUUGAGAGCAAACAAUUAAGGCUAGUUUGUUGGUAGAUAACAAAGAUUUUUAUAUGAGAAAUAAACACAAAGUAUUUUAUGUCCUAGUACAAUUGAUACUGAAACUCUAAGAGAAUACGUUGACGUGCAAUCG